AUGUCGUUGAACCUGACCUCCAGGGACCUCAUCCCGAAUGCCAGAUCAGAAUGGGUCCUCGACCACGUGAUCCUUUGGGGUCUGAGCCCAGGUGAUGCCCAAAAAGAAGCAGGUGUUCGAAGGCUGUUCAUCAGCACCAUCGGCGGCGCAAACCAACGUGAGGGCAGUCAAUCUUGGUCGAAACGUGCCCAAGUAGAGGUUAUCAAAUACCUUCUUGCGGAGCUAUAUCGAUUUCAGGAUGAGCAUGGUUAUCGGAUUAGCCCAGAGGACUCAGUUGGGUUCCGCUCUCACGAGGUCCAGGAGUAUAUUGGCAAGGUGGUGGCCGAUCAGGAAUCUCUCAACGGCCCCAAUUCAGCUUGGUGCCUUCUGCUAUGGCUGGGAUUCAAUGCCAAGAAGACCAAUGGCCGAAUGAUCGUUGGGUUGAACCACUGGAGAUCACACAUUUCGAGUCUUCCCUGGCUGUCAGGCCGUCUUAGCGUGCUGGCUUUGAUAAUGCGGGAUACACCGCAAAGGUCGAUGGCGUUCUCUGGAAUACAUGGAGUUGUUGAGACUGCUGGAUUGCUCUACCAACAACACCAUCGUCAACACCAUAACCUGCGCCAUUUGGUACCAAAAGUACCUGUUAUUACUCGCUCCCACGGCCCUGCCGGCCCCGUCGUUCCCGUCGUUCCCGUCGUCCUGGCCGUGGUGGAAAUUGCGGUGGAAAUCGUGGCUGAAGCCGCGGAAAGCGCGGCAGCUCCUCUGCUGGUCGACUCCAUAACACUGAUUCGGAGGAUGUUCAAUAGUCCUGCUGUACUGUACAUCUAUAGCAGCAAGUUGGCAAUGGUCCAACUCCCGCUGCCAAAUCCGAAUGAAUUGACAUCCAAUCCAGAUUCCAUUUCUGUCAUGGGCCAGAAUUAA